UUUAUUGUGUAUUUGCCGUUAUGUGAAAUUCAGGAGGUAUAAUAAUGAUAAUAAUGUCAAUUAAACACUUUCCCUAAAACAGAACACAGUAGAUGGAAAUACAAUUUUACUGUCCAUUUUUUUUUUGUUAUUGUUCAAUCAAGUAUUUUUCCACCUACUAGUUGCAUGUUCCUCUAAUCAACCAUGGCAACUCGGAGAGGUAUUUGCAACACCUGUGAUGAGCUCAUAUAAUUCCAUAGGCUGUGAUUUCUUUACUGUAAACACGUUGGGAAAAUGUUUCUUUGCCUCUCCCCCACCCUCGGUUUCAACAGUUUGUAAUCAGUCAAGCUUUUCCAAGUAAUUAUCCAUUUUUUCCCAGAGUGACAGUGAGGAUUUCACUUGGCCCGGAGCGACGUCACGGUUGAAGAUGAGCGCAUCUGUUAACCAAGGCAAAUGCAUUUUCACUUAAAUACUAGAGAGCAGGGCAAAAAAAAACAAAAAAAACUAGACAGCAGGGCAACGUUUACGCCUGCCUACCGACGCCUACCUGUGGCCUUGGUAUAGAAAAAUAGCCGUCAUCCUAUUUCAAUGCGUGAGAGCUACGCAAAAAAAGAAAAGAAAAAAAACGGUGACACUGAGGCCAAUUUCAGUUAAUGCUUUUGCGCCAUAACGUCAACAUCGAUAGUCCUCCUGGAAUCUUCUGGGGUUUACUUCCCUGCCCUGGCUCUGGCUCCAUUCCAUCACCCUCAGGCUCCAGUAUCCUUGCUGCCAGAUUAAAAUCGCUGUGCUAUCGGAAUUUGGGUGUAAGACGCAAGGUUUUUGUCACCUUUUCCUUUGGGGUUUAAAGUUUGAAAUUGUUUGCCAGAGAAACGACAAUGAAGAGGUUAACGCAUUCCAUCACGGAAAUCGCCAUACUCUGACCAAGUUAUCAAACGUUAGUGAUGAGACCGGAGAAGAUCCCGUCGGGUUUCCUGCGCACCAGUAUUUGGCGGUGCUGCUGACUCCUGCAGUGUGGUCGACCGAGUCCGCGAGACAUCCCAUGAAAAACAAACAACACCUUAAUUGUAUUUGGGAGAGGCGGUGCUCGGUUUGGAACUUUGAUACAGAGUUGUUGUUGCUCUUUCUCAAGGAUACACUCAUCAUGACGAUUCCAUUAUCUCGGAUUCAACUUGCUCUAUUCUUCAUCCUUCUUUGUCCUGUCAAUAUCAUCGGACUAUGGUGGGCUGUGGGCAGUCCUCUGGUCAUGGAUCCCAACAGUAUCUGCAGGAAGACCAAGCGCCUCGCUGGCAAACAGGCAGAGCUGUGCCAGACCCAGCCAGAGAUUGUCAGCGAGGUGGCCAAGGGUGCCAAGCUAGGCGUCCGGGAAUGUCAGUACCAGUUUCGCUAUCGCCGCUGGAACUGCACCAGUCAGAACAAGUACUUUGGCAAAAUACUCCAGCAAGACAUUCGCGAAACAGCGUUCGUGUACGCCAUCACAGCGGCGGGGGUGACCCACGCGGUGACCCAGGCCUGCAGCAUGGGAGACCUGCUCCAGUGUGGCUGCGAGGCCACCCGCAGCAGAGCGCCUCCCCGGCCCGCCUCCUCCUCCUCAGCCUCCGGCGAGGGCGUCAAGUGGGAGUGGGGCGGCUGUGGGGACGACGUGGAGUUUGGCUACGAGAAGUCCAAGCAGUUCAUGGACGCCAAGAGAAAGAAGGGGAAGAGCGACAUCCGAACGCUGAUCGAUUUGCACAACAACGAAGCAGGCCGCUUGGCGGUCAAGAACUACAUGAGGACUGAGUGUAAGUGCCAUGGGCUGUCUGGCUCCUGUACUCUCAGAACAUGCUGGAAGAAGAUGCCCCACUUCCGGGAGGUGGGCGACCGCCUGCUGGAGCGCUUCAACGGCGCCUCCAAAGUGAUGGGCGGCAACGAUGGCAAGACCCUCAUCCCGGUGGGCCAGAACAUCAAACCCCCAGACAAACAGGACCUCAUCUACUCGGCGGAGUCACCUGACUUUUGCCUGCCCAACCGCAAGACAGGCUCACUGGGCACGAGGGGCCGCAUGUGCAACAGCACCGCGAUGGACGUGAGUGGCUGUGACCUGCUGUGCUGUGAGCGCGGCUACAGGGAGGAGACGGUGGUGUUUGAGGAGAACUGUCUUUGCCGGUUCCACUGGUGCUGCGUGGUGCAGUGCAAGAAGUGUUCUGUGAGGAAGGAGCUCAGCCUGUGUCACUAGGAGACCUCCAUCUGCAACCCGAGAAACGUGAAGAGUUGGGAGUCUCCUCUGUUAACUAGAAUCACGCUCUGAGAAACAAGCUUCCACACUUCAGUUGUUGAACAGGAGAGCCCUGGUAGAACACUGUCUGAUCUUGGAUUCCUCCGGGCUGUGACUCUUCAGGGGAGCUGUUCUACGUGGUCCCUGCGCUCACUGAGAGAGUGAGGCUCCAUCCAUAUGGGUUCUAGACACCUGACAGCUGGAUCUCCUACUCUUCUGAACCUCACAUCUACCGCUGACUAAGCUCUGCUGAGUGGGAUGCUGAAUAUCACCUUAUACCCCAAAUCUCAUCUCCCAGAACAGAAUUUUGGGGAACCUCUCAUAGAAGACUAGCGGGAGACUUGUUUUUCCACAAGGUUCUCAGUAUUCGGUACAGAUCGAUUCACAUGUAGAACGGGAGCUCCUUCUCAAACCACUUCACUAAAUUCCCCCACCUUGAACCUUUAGAAUUGUCCAUUGACCCAGACUAAUACCUGAACCAAUAUUUUCUCACUUCAACACCCAAGAACUAGUCAGGCCCAAAGAGAAACAAGCUGCAAUCUGUCAUUAGAUACUGUAAAUAUUGCUGUAAAGCACACAGAGUCAGUCAUGUUACUGUGGUGGCAGUUGUAACCAAAGAUUUAAGUGCCACUAAGACACAGACUUUGAAUGAAGUUAGCUAGGACUAAUAUCAGAUUCAAAUGCUAUGACUUAUACAGUACUAGAGUGAUAGUGCCAUAUUUUUCAUAUAACAAAUCAUAAUUUAAGACAAAUGGAUUUUAGCGUUUGAACAUACCCAAGAUGGAGGACAGUUCUUCUUGUAUCAAUGACAAUUUAAAAAAAGGGAAUCCCAGGGUUGUCCAAGGACUACCAACUUGCUGGAUGCUGAUGAGUUUGGUUGACACCAAAGACUGUUUAUUUAUAAACCUUCGAUAACAAGACUACUCAUUGUGGUAACAUGAGGAACGUGCCUACCAUCUCUUUUAAAAGCACUUUGGAUAUGGGAGUGUAAACCAUAUGUUAACAUUGUUUCUAUUCGUUUGAGUAGUUUGUAGAUGAAAAAAGAAUGUUUUUUGUUUUUUUUUAUAUGAGGUUCAGUAUAAAGAAAGUAUGAUAUUAUAUUUUGUUUAUUCGUUUGAUAUACAGGGCUUUUGUAAUGCACUUUCAAUCAAGCUUUUGGUGUGUGUAGUCAUAUUCUGCAGAAUGGCCAGUUGUUUUCACAUCCAAUAGACCCAGACAUUUGUGUGGUUGAGUUGAUAAAUGUUGUUUUUUGAAAGCACACUUCCUCUGACAUGACCCUCUGUCAAAGUGCUAUAUGACAGGCAGAUCAGACUUUCUUAUUUUGUUGCUUGUUUUGUGAGAAUAAAACCUUCUGUCUCCAAGUUUUCGCUCUUUGUAAUCUAUCACUUUGAAGUGUGUUUCCCCCCGAACUCCCCAGACAAAAAACACUCGUUGUGCCUCUGGAAUACAGUGAUUUUCUUUAGAAACAACGGCACCAUUCCUUCUCCCUUGGUCGAGUCCGCAGUUGUGACUAGAAGAACCUGUGUUUGUGCUUGUGUGCAUGCAGGUGUGUGUAGUGAUCUGUGCUACAAGUAAGCAGAGGAUGAUACGAAGCAAGAGCGCACGCUGAGAGAUGACAUCGCUGUGAUUUAUUGCCAAUGUACCCAGUUUUAUUACCAGGCCAUUCCACGCCAGAGGGUUCAUAGUUUUAAUAUUGUUACCAUGACAGUGACUACACACUGCAAAGGAACCUUUGUAGUAGACUGAACCUUGAAGAAUCCUUUGCCUAUUGUCUUGAACAGGCAGUCUGUGUAGUUUGUUCACAUCAAAAUAUUUAGUUGUUUUUAUUUCAUGAUUGUGAGCCAGGUUAAAGGAGGGAUAAUCUAAAUCAUAUUAAACGACAGAUUUUGACUGAACACAGCUCUAUGCUUUAAACGACCCUUUCCCAGCUGGACUGUGUCAUUUUUCUGUGUAAAUCACUGUGGAGGCUCCUGUCAGUGCUUUGUUUGAUUAUUUUACAGACUGAAGUCCAAGUUUUGUUUUCCAGUCUGUAAAAAACUUUUUGUUGUGACAUUUCAAUUCAUGUUUCAGUGUUUAUUUUGAUUCAGACACAAGAUUUGGACUUUCUUGAUACUCUGCUGAUUAGUUAACCGUGCUCAAAUUCAUUGCAUAUUCAUUUGUUAUGUUUCAUGCAGAUGUAAAACAGAGGAGUGAACUCACUAAGUACAUGUCAAAUAAAAACUCAACUUUUCACGACUGGAAGGGUUUUAAGUUGUUAUGGGUUUGCAAGUGUUUUUAAGAAAACUUGCAGAGCAACUACAAU